AGACGCUGAUCAAGGGACAGUCAUAGCAUCAGCGCCUGUAGUCUUGGUGGGAUGGAGACAAUACAACUGGGAACUGGUGGACUGCUCCCAAGCCACAGAGCUUGUCAGGCCUGUCAUCUGCUGGACUUGUCUCUCUGAUCAAGACGGUGUGAAGACGGGGGCUGUGGAUCUGGGUAGUCACCAUCAGCCAACGAACUAAAUGGAGUGAGAGAAGGAGCACCUGGAGAAGGACCCGGAAGCCUGCAGAUGUUCCAGUCCAGCCCUGCAUUAAAAAAUAAACCUCUCUUUCUCUAAAGAGAGCGCCCUCCCUUCACCCCUAAAACAGCCCGUCAUUGACAAUUAAUGUCAAGCGUCACGCGGAGGCAGCAUAGCGCUGCGUUGCCGGGAUCAACACCACCGAUGGGAAGAGAAGCACUUGAAAUUCAACGCGCCAAACACAAGUAAAUGCUACACAAUGCCUUCAAAGGUGUCCUGCCUAUACGUCCUGACGGUGGUCUGCUGGGCGAGCGCUCUCUGGUACCUCAGCCUAUCGCGGCCCUCGUCCUCCUACGUCGGGCAGCUGACCCUGCCCGCCAGGAAGACGGCCAAGAGCAAGAACGUCACCUUCAGCAACAUCCGCACCCGUCCCCUGAACCCGCACGCCUUCGACUUCGUGGUCAACGAGCCCAAGAAGUGCGAGGAGGACGCUCCCUUCCUGGUCAUCCUCAUCAGCACCACGCACAAGGAGUUCGACGCUCGCCAGGCCAUACGCGAGACGUGGGGCGACGAGAGCACCUUCGCCGACAUCCGCGUGGUCACCCUCUUCCUGCUGGGCAGGAACACGGACGCCGUGCUCAACCAGAUGGUGGAGCAGGAGAGCCAGAUCUUCCACGACAUCGUGGUGGAGGACUUUGUGGACUCCUACCACAACCUCACCCUCAAGACCUUGAUGGGCAUGAGGUGGGUGGCCACCUUCUGCCCCAAGGCCAAGUACGUCAUGAAGACCGACAGCGACAUCUUCGUGAACAUGGACAACCUGGUCUACAAGCUCCUGAAGCCCACCACCAAGCCCAGGAGGAGGUACUUCACCGGGUACGUGAUCAACGGAGGCCCAAUCCGGGACAUGCGCAGCAAAUGGUACAUGUCGCGGGACCUGUACCCUGACAGUAAGUACCCGCCGUUCUGCUCGGGGACGGGGUACGUGUUUUCGGCUGACGUGGCCGAGCUCAUCUACAAGACGUCGCUCCACACCAGGCUGCUGCACCUGGAGGACGUGUACGUGGGCCUUUGCCUGCGCAAACUGGGCAUCCACCCCUUCCAGAACAGUGGCUUCAACCACUGGAAAAUGGCCUACAGCCUCUGCCGCUACCGCAGAGUAAUCACCGUGCACCAGAUCUCGCCCGAGGAGAUGCACAGGGUCUGGAACGACAUGUCCAGCAAGAAGCACCUGAGGUGUUAAUGACAAACCCUCGCCCCCACCCACCCCGCCUCCUCCCAUCUCUGUUUCAUAAGCAGCAUUGAGUAUCGCAGACCCAGGUCGUGUGACCUCAGAGGACUUUGGCGACCGCUAUUGUUUUUGUCAUAUCUUCGGUCGGAUCUUAAUCCGGUCCUUUGUCAAGGGAGCACUCGGCUGUUUAGGUGCACAUUCUAGAAGAAAAAAAAACAACAACAAAAAACAAACACAACACACAAAUCACGUUGCACUGCUUGUUUUGUAGUCUUGAAAAAUAAGCGAUAAACAAAACACGAUUCAUGUCAUUCCCUCGGUAUUUCCAAUUUGCGCUAUUGUAAUUAUGCACAUCUACCAAACUUGGUUAAAUUUAGAUUCUAGCUUCACAUGAAAUCUGGGACACAUCAUGAAAGACUUGAGCUGUUUGUGCUGUAGAAUUGUGUUAGACAUGGAACAUGCCAUUUUCCAGGUCAAAGUGACAAGAGGCUGUUUCACUGCACUCCUAUGCAGGAGAGCCUGCCAAUACUGAAAGAAAGAAUGCCUGGCUCUGUGACAUUAAUUCAGUACUUAAUGCACCAAUUAGAUGCGCCAGCAUAACUAAUGUGAUCGCUCUGCAAACUGAGGCCAAAUGAAAUUGCAAUUAAUUAACUCCAUAUUCUUGUCAUAUGAAAAAAUAUAUAUCUUUGUUGGAUGUAUUGUAACAUAUGUUUUAAGACAAUGCUAUUACAUAAUAACGGUCAUCGUUGUUGCUUCGUGUAAAGAACCAGUUGUGUAAAUCUAACAAACGAUGCUUAAUUAAUGUGAAGGCUAUUGGAUCUUUUUAAUUAAUUCCUUUAAUUUUGUUUCAAUUUGUGGGCCUGAACUGCUUCUUUUUGAAUAAAGGCCUACAAAGUACCAGACCUUAAUGGCUUACUUUGCAAGUAUGAUGUAAUAUCAUUGUUUUACAAUAUCAAAAUUAUUUUCUUACCUUGAGUAAAUGAUAGUGACAUGCUUUACUCGCUUCUAUCGGAACUGAGUCCGGUUUGUAUGUACAGAGCGUAUUAAACCUUUGAACUCAGUUUGUAUCUGUUGCUACUGUACAUUUCCAUUAAGGUGAGUUUAGAAGACUUUUUUGAUUAACAUUUUGUGCAACAUGCCAAAAGGAAACGAGAAAUUAGUUAUUUGACUUUUUUUUAUUUGACAGGACUUUAGCGAUUUUAGCCAGUUCAGUGAAUUGGAAAACGUGGUGUAAACGUCCAUUAACGUUAAUGGAAACAGCUGUAAUGUGCACAAAACUUAUCCCCACACCUUAGCCGCAUUAAAAAUCGAUCAUUCUCACAUAAAAGUUAUUAAGUAACUGUCACUGAAACAGCACACGGGGCAGGCUCAAAUUACAUGUUAUGAAUUUUGCUGACAAAUCAGACUUUGGAAACAACAAUCUUGCUGGCAGUUUUACGCACAAGUAGCAGAUACUCUGUAGUGCUCCAAGGUGACUUUGCUGUGACAUUUUAAUGGAAACAUAGGUAAUGAGCAUAUGUACUGUGUACCAUUGUAUAGGUGACAUAUUGUAUACAUUUACAUUCCCCAGGGUAUCUUCUGUAUGUAAAGUACCAAUCUUUAAUUAAGCACUGCUGUUAAAAUGAUUGAAAAUAAACAUUUUCUAUAUCUUGACCAGAUAUAGAUUGGUUACAAGGGCUGCAUUCUGCCCAAUUUAAUUUAAAGCAAUUUCUUUUUAAAGCAAGUUUUUUUUUUAUUAUUAUUCCUCUUGUAUUAUAAGCUGUUGUGAUAUUUUAAUGUAAAGCAUAGGUGAAGAGCCGGCUAUCCAAAAUGGGAUAAUUGUAUUGUACAGCAUUUCUUUUUUUAUAUUAAAAGUAUUAUUCUGCACA